UGUUAUCUCCCACCUCACAUAAUCGACAAACAAUAACAAUAUGCAAAAAAAAAAAAUCGGCAAAAAAAAAUGUGGAAUAUGCUUCGCUGUCUUACGUUUUAUUUCAUUUUUCUUCUCCUUUCUGAUUUGCUUUGGUGCUUAGACGUAUAUGUAUACAUAUAUAUUGAGUUUUAUUGACCCCCCUCCUAUAUCAAACAGUUUAUCACCCCCCUCAAAAUAAUUGUGGACAAUUUAAGGAAAGCUGGGGUUCUUUGCCUUUAAAUAAACGUUUCGUUUGCCACUUCAUCAAAACAAAUGCUAUUGAUUCUUACCACCAUUUUUUUCUUACAUUUAAUACAACCUACUAUUUUGAAAACGGAGAGAAGAUGCUGGGCAAGCCAAAAGUGCGAAUAGAGACUGUACUGACUUUUAAUCAUCUUUGUAAAAAUAAAAAAUAAUAACCUCUCCCCCGAACGAGCCUUUGACACGUUCAACAAAAUAGAUUGUUUUCAUUGCCGCCUUUUUAACAUAGAGAGCCUUUGUAAAACUAUUUUAACCAGUCUCUGAGACGCACUUUUGAGUUACGCCCAUCAAUCGCACAAAAACACUUUGUGAUGUACAAAGAGAGCAUUGAAUGCAAAAACUUGCCUACCCCCGCUGACGGAUCGUUUAGCAGUUGGUGGAUAUGGCUUGUGUAAUUGUAUAUCAGCAAAGGUCGAUACGGCUGAAAUGAAGUGCUUUCUUCCUUUGCAUUCAUCGAAAAAUGACGUUGUGGUCGAUGCAGAUAUUGUUGAAGUCAUGGAAGUUCCUGAGCGGCCGGAAGGGCCCUUGGAAAUAUACAACGUGACAGAUACAAGAGCCCAGCUGCAGUGGUAUCCACCAAGGGAUGCGGGAGGAGGAACAAUCAUCGGUUACAUAAUCGACGCCCGAGAAUUAGACAAAAUCGACAUCAUCAGUCAUUUAGAAUUAGUGCCACCCACCUGUACAUCAGCUGUUAUUGAAGGUCUGGAAACUGGACAACUCUACCAGUUUCGUGUGUAUUCUGAGAAUGCUGUCGGAAUGAGUGAUGCCUUAAUUGGACCUCGGUCUGUUCGCAUCCAGGCUGGAAUCGCCCGGCCGAGUUGUCCCGGCGUGCCGGUCGUCAUUCCUCGACAGGGUGGCGACGCCUUCCAGCAGCUGGCCUAUAGUAACAAACCGGACGAUGCAGUCAUUCUCCAAUGGGCUGCACCCUACACUGAUGGCGGGACGCCCGUCAAUGGAUACGCUGUCGAGAGGAAAGCUGGAGAGAACGGUCAAUGGGUACGAGCGCAUCCGCUGGAUGUCCGCGAAACAGAAGUGGCGUUGACGGGUCUGCAGCCUGGACAGGAUUAUCGCUUCCGCGUCAAAGCGUCCAACGCGAUUGGAUGUUCGGAGCCGGGCAGUGAGUCGGAAUCGUAUCUCGUUCCGUACGAUCCCAGCAACGUCGUUCGGCCUUCAUUUACCGUUGGAUUAAGGGAUGCCAUCGUUAUGGAACACGAGAAGGUCGAAUUUGUGGUGGAAGUUCAAGGGAUUCCACCGCCCGAGGUCCAGUGGAUCGUCAAUGGAUCCACCGAUUCCAAAGUGAUCGUGACGGAUCGCGAUCCGGACUCGGGUGUGUCUACCUUGAUCGUCAAUGACGUCUUGGCUGGCGAUGAAGGCGAGGUGAAGUGCAUUGCCACCAACGAAGCCGGCCAGUCCACUUCGAUCGCAAUUUUGUCUGUGGAAGCUCCACCUAGGGCCGUCUUGACGAAGAAAUAUGAAGACGGACUUAUUUUCGAAGAAGGGGACAUCAUUCGGUUGAAGGUGGAAUUUACAGGUCGUCCCCGGCCCGAAAUCACGUGGUACCAUGAGAACAAACGUCUCGCACCCGACGGGCGUAUGGAAAUUGAAAUCAUGGCCGAUUGUACCAUCCUGAAAGUUGCCCAGGCUAAACGUUCUGAUCGUGGCGAAUAUUCCGUCAAAUUGCAGAGCGGAUUAGGCGAGGAUAGCGCAUCAUUCCUUGUCACAGUGGCCAAUCGACCUUCGGUACCUGGGAAACCGCAACCCACGGAUGUUUUGGAAUCAGUCGUCUCUUUACAGUGGGAUCCAUCCGAAGAUGACGGAGGCUGCGAAAUAAGCUGUUACAUCGUUGAAUACAAUCGGCUGGGCUGGGACAUGUGGCUAAAAGCGGCAACGUCGCGUACGCCUCAAAUCCGUUUAGGAGAUUUGAUUCCCGGGUCAACUUACCUUUUCCGCAUUAAGGCGGAAAAUCCUUACGGAGUCAGUGAGCCCAGCGCCCAGAGCGAUUUGAUUCGUCUGCCUGCCCGAAGCAACGAGACAUCAUGGGUCCCGGAUAUGACGUCAUCUGAGCUUGUCGAUCCGGAUGAUACAACCAUUUCCAGUUCUAAUUUAGGUCCGCGCGACAGCGACCAGCAGGUCACUCGGUCUGGCGAUUUCGAUUACUUGCCUCUAGACGCGUCCGAGUUGGAACUGGGUCGGUUAACUAAUCCGUCAAUCCUGGGAGCUCCUCCGGCUUUCGAAGUUAUGGGUGGGGUGGCGUUGAUGUCGGAACCACCUGACCGACCUGGACAAGUCGAAUUGGAUCCUCGUUACGCAUUCAGUGCGUCAGCUGUCCUGGAGAAAAUGGUUGCACCAGUCACCGUGUCGUCUCUGCCGGGAUUCACGUCCAAUGACGUGCUGUCUGGCAUUGGUUCCAGCUCUUCGAGAAAUUCUUCGUCGCCGUCUGUGUCGCCAGAACGUCCCUCCCUGGAAGACGCUCUCUCUCUGGAUGAUGACAGCAGCCAGGGCAGCAGCCACGAUGUUGCUGUACAACAACUGGAAGUCGUGGAACAGCCUAUCCAGCAACGCGGAUUCCUCCUACCUCGUUCACCUGCUCGACUCUUUGUGCACAACGCUAUUGUCCAGUCAGCGCUGAGCAGUGUGGCUUCUUCAACAGCGCCACUAACAUUGCCCGAUGUUUUGGAACAAGUGGCGGUCGAUGAUGCCGUGGCAGACAGUCAGCCCAGCACUCUUGACCAAAUUGAACAAGAUCUUGAAGAUCAACUUCAAGUGUUGGACCAAAUCGAACUAGACAUUUGCGAGGGGAAGGCAGCCGUCCAAAAUGAGGUUGGCCAAAGUGAUAAAGAAAUGAGCUCGUCGGACCAAACCGAUCAAAUGCUGUUAGAGCAAGAGACAGUGAUGGAACAGAUAGAGCCAUCGGACCAAUUAACUUUGAUGGAGCAACACGUCGAGCCGUCGCACGACGUGAUGGAAUCGACUGUAGCGAAAGAGAUCGAGCCAGCCGUGGACGUGCCAACAAUUUUGCUCCAGGAAGAAGAGAUGCAUCACGACGUGCCCGUGCAAUCGCAUCUCGCCGCCAUCGACUCUGGCCUCUGCGAGCUAAUGGCUCACCGCGGCAGCGACGGCGAAGGCCAACACACCGACCAGUACAGCGACGCCUACAUCACGGCCGUGGACUCGAUGAGCAGUUGCGACUAUGGCGACUCGCCAGAGCCAGAUGGUUUAGUGCUGGACCGACAGCCGAAAGGUGAAUGCCCGUCUCCGCCCAUUAGUAGCAAGCCGAUCACGGAGAUGGACGCCGACGACGCUGCUAUCGGGACGGACGAACGGCCCAUCUUUUUGCGAUGCGUGACCGACCAGACGGUCAAAGUGGGAACGCGGGCGCGUUUCUUGGCCGAAAUCGUCAGCUCUUCAUCGCUGGCCGUCACGUGGUUCUUCAAUGGAUUACCAGUUUUUCAGCCGGCCGAAACGGCUCACGGCCGUUUCAAGAUCUUGCAGGAAGGCAAUUUUUAUUGCCUGGAAAUCUCGCCCGUCGCAAUGGAAGACGAAGGCGCCUGGACCUGUCGUGCCGUUUUGGCUGAAACGUUCGGCUCGCAAGAGGGCGUGUCUGCCACUGCCCAGCUGCGGGUGAUGGUGCCCAAAAGCUACAAACGGCCGGAGUUUGUGGAAGAUUUGCAGGCUAUUUUAACCGAAGAAGGGACCGUAUCGCUCGAGUGUAAAGUGGUCGGCAUCCCAACGCCCGUCCUUCACUGGUUUAAGGACGGCAAAGAAAUCAAGGCCGGCGAUGUGUUCGCCUUCCGUGCACCGCAGUCGGACUCUACAGCCGAAGAGACGGCCACUUCGCUGGGCCUGUACGCUUGCGAGGCAAUCAACUGCAUCGGCAAGGCCGUUUCGACGUCGCAGGUGCGCGUUAAGAACGCCGUCCAGCAGCCGACUCCGUCUCAGAGUCGAUGCGAAUCUGCUGGGCCGCCCGUCAUCAUCGAAGAGCCGUUCAAUCAGAAGAUCCGAGUCGGCGAAGAUGUCCGCUUCUCAGUGCGUGUGAUGGUACCUCCCAAGCCCGUCCAGGUCAAGUGGUUUAACAAAGACGUCCCCAAAGAGGCCAGCUCUAAAUACGUGGUGGGAGAAGAAGGCCACGGAGGCUACUCGCUGGACAUUUCGCCGACGGACAUCAACGACGACGGCGAGUGGAAAGUGGCCAUCAAGAACGAAGGGGUCGACGCUGAGUCUAGCGCCUCGGCCGUCUUGACGCUUGUCGUGCCCAAAAACUACCGGCCGCCUCGCUUCCUCGAGAGCCUCAAGGCGAUUUUAACUGAGGAAGGCCUGGUCAGUUUCGAGUGCAAAGUGGUGGGAUUCCCCACGCCGCAGCUGCAGUGGUUCAAAGACGGCCAGGAACUGAAGCCGGGCGACGUCUACCAAUUGAGCGGAACCAAUUCGCUGGGGUCGUACUCUUGCGUCGCACGCAACUGCAUGGGCACGGCCAUCAGCGCGGCCGAGUUGACCGUGGACGACAUCCAGAACCAACUGAACGAAGAGGAGCGUCUCCAAUUGAUGGACUCGCAUCGUCCGCCCGUUUUUGCUCAAGGGUUGCGCUCCAGUGAGUCGCGGGUGGGCGAUCCCCUCCGCCUGACUGUGCAAGUGUCCAGCACGACGGACAACUUUUUGGUCACCUGGUUCCACAACGACGAGCCGAUCGAUCUCGACGAGACGCACAAGUACCGCAGUCUCAAAGAGGAAGCCGGACUCUGCCACCUGGACGUGGAGCCGCUGGAAUUCAGCGACGAAGGCGACUGGAAAUGCAUCGUCAUCAACGAUUUCGGACACGCGGUGACCAGUUGCUCCGUCAAAUUGACCGUUCCGCGCUUCUUCCGCAAGCCGCACUUCCUGGAACCCCUGAGGGCCGUGCUGUCCGACGAAGGGACGGUCAACCUCGAAUGCAAAGUGAUCGGUGUUCCUCAGCCGUCUUUGAAAUGGUACAAAGACGGUGUCGAGCUGAAGCCGGGCGACAUCCAUCGCAUCAUGUCCGGCCAGGAUGGAACUUGCUGCCUGGGCACGUACACGUGCGAGGCGCACAAUUGCAUGGGCACGUCGUCCAGCUCUGCCGCCCUCCUAGGAUUCGAAGAUCGACCCGAAGCGGAGCAGAAUGCGGCCUUGGCUCACGACGAGGCCUUGCUGGACGCGGAACCGCGUGGUUACGUAACGGAGCAUCCGCGCAUCGCUCGCAAUCCAUCGCUGUCGACGAUCCAGGAAGAGCGAUCGUCGCAAAUUUCGUUGUACGAGACGGCCAACGCCGAAGACACGUUGACGGAGGAGCGGGAGGAAAUCAGCGUGUCUCUAGACGGCCGCGAAGUGUCCGUCUCUCUGUACGAAACGCCCGAUUUGACGGAAGAGGAGGCCCAGCAGAUUGUCGAACUCUUUGCCGAGGAAUUGUCCGAAAGGAUUUCACGGCCACGUCCGGCUCGCUGCUGA